ACAGUCCAGUGAUCUUACUGAAGGAAUGGUGGUAUAAUAGGUUCCUACAAAGUAACUGAUGUCCUUUUUCCAACUGGGGGAAUUUGAGCAGUGGACUGUUACCUUACAGACUGACAAGGUCCUAUUUGGAUUCUAAUCAAAUUAUUCGAUAGGAUACUUUGGUUGAAGAACAUGGCUGAUUCUGCUUUUCCAUUACCACCAGACUCCUUUUGUCCACUAUGUGCUGAUGGACUAAGAGAUCCAGUCACCAUUCCUUGUGGUGACACUUACUGCCUGGAGUGUAUCAAGAUCUACUGGGAUCAGUUCGAUCAUAUGGGUGUGUACAGCUGUCCUCAAUGCCGUGCAACUUUCACGCCACGACCUGUCCUGAGACGCAAUGUGCCAGACGUUCAGCACGAACAUGAGCCCCGCCAGCAGCUUCCAGAGCUGACUCCCUUUCCUUACAUGCACCGUGAAUCCUACUGCGACUUUUGCGUUGGCCGCCGCAACAGGGCCGUCAAGUCAUGCCUCAUGUGUCUGGCCUACUACUGCGAAACUCAUGUCAAGCCUCAUUAUGAAUCCUCUACAUUCAAGAGGCACAAACUGGUGGAUGAGACGGGUCACCUUGACAGGAAGAUCUGCCCCCAGCAUGAGAAAGGCCUGGAGCUGUUCUGUCGGUCCGACCAGAUGUGCAUCUGUGUGCUGUGUACUGUCAGGGAGCACCGCAGCCACAACAUUGCCUCAGCAGAAGAAGAGCGUAUUGAUAAACAAAAAGUUCUGGUGGUCACCCAGUCCGAAGUGCAGCGCAUCAUUUCCGAGCGGAUGAAAGAACUACAGGACCUCAAGCACAAUGUGGAUGUUCUAAAAAAUUCUGCUCAGCGUGCACAGACGGAAAGUGAUAAAACCUUCCAUGAAAUGCUGCAGGCAGUCGAGCGUUGGAAAUCUGAAAUCAAUCAGAUGAUAAUGGCCAACAUGCAGUCAGCCAUGAAUCAGGCUGAAGGCUAUGUUGAGCGUCUUGAACAGGAGAUUAUGGAGCUGCAGCGCCGAGAUGCUGAGCUACGACAGAUCCUGGAAACAGAAGACAACAUUCAUUUUUUGCAGAAUUUUCCAACCCUAUGCGUCCCUCCCGAGGCCAUGGUACCUAAGGUCCUGAUCAAUCCUCAGUUCUCCUUUGGAGAAAUAAGCAGAACAGCAAUAGAGAUGAAAGAAAAUCUGGAUGACAUCUGUAAAAAGGAACUGAGCAAGAUCUCCAAGACAGUCAGUGAAACACCUGUGUACAUACUUUUGCCAAGAAAUGGGGAAAAGCGUUUGAAAGUUCCUUCCAAGGUUGAUUUUCAGGAGCCAAAAUCCAGAUCACACUUCUUGAGAUAUGCCUGCAAGCUUUCCUUGGAUCCAAACACCGUCUACAAGGAACUUGUGUUGUCAGAUGGGAAUCAGAGAGUCACUCGAAAGAAAACAACCCAGUUUUAUCCAGACCACCCAGAACGAUUUGAUGGCUUUUCCCAGGUGCUGUGCAAGGAGGCUCUUUCUGGUUUCAGGUUCUACUGGGAGGCAGAGUGGAAUGGGGAGUUCUCCAUAGGUGUGGCCUACAAGAGCAUCAGUCGGAAGGGCAAGAAUUCACACAGCCUUCUGGGCUAUAAUGACAAGUCAUGGAGUCUUCUGUGCUCUGAUUCAGGGUACUCAGCAUGGCACAACAAAGCAGACAAAGAUCUCCCCAGUGCUCCAAGGGCCACAAGAAUAGGUGUGUACCUGGACUAUGCAGGCAACACUUUGGCCUUCUAUUCAAUAUCAAAUUCAAUGGAGCUCAUCCACAGAUUCAGAGCUCAGUUCAGUGAGCCUCUGUAUGCUGGGUUUGGGGUUGGCUCCUCUGUUACACUUUGCCAGUUGAAGCAGAACUCUAUGCCUUAUACUUAAACAAAAAUCAAUUUUUAAUUUUCCUGUACUAAUCUUAAUCUAAUGAUAUUCAAUACUGCUCCAAAAAUUCAUGAUAUGUAAAAUAUUAUCUAUCAGAUUAAGAGAUUUAGAAUAUAAACAAUUUUAUCAACCUUAAUAGACACUUAAACCUUUUAACCAAAGUCAGUAAUCUAUUCAAUAUAUAUUAACUUUUUAUUUAAACAGUAGAAUAAUUUUGCUACCUGCCAAAUGUAAGUAGUAAGUAAAGUAUACUCUUUUAAACCCUAAAUGAAACAAGAAUCAACUUAUUUUACCUGCUGUUUAUUAUAGAAGAAAUGCUGUACAGUGUAAAUGAAUGUAAUUUUUAUUUGUAGUUGUUUGAUGUGGCUAGAAAUGCAACAACAAAAUAAAGGAGAAUUAUCUUAAUAAAUAAAAUGGAUUCAGUUCCUAACCUUUUACAUUCAAAAUGGGUUCAAGGUUAAAAUCUAUUUAGUCAUAUGAUCCCAGUAAAAUGCUUUGUCACUGCAUCUCUAUAUAUAUUUCUUUGUAUAUUUUAACACUGCUCAUUUUCAUUUUAAUCAGUAUAUUACUUCAUCAGUGAUAAUGUUCAAUGUGUGGAUAAAAUAUCUACAGAAAUCAUUUAUGAAUUACAUGUUU